AUGGACAGGUUCCUGUCCCUCCUGUUCCUAGGAGGCCUCCUGUCUUUGUGCCAGUCUCGUUCUAUACAGGAAUCUACUUUUUGUACCUCCUGUGAUGAAUUCGUGGGCAAGACCUGCAGAAGGAAUUCAGGUGUCUGUCAACCCAGAUAUCCUGACUUUGCAUGCCAGACUAAAGAAGUAUAUGUUCAACACUAUACUGGAGAAUACGUGUACCUGUAUUCUACUUUGAGCUGCCCCAGAAGAUGUGUGGAAUAUAUGCGCAUCACCAAGCAAGAGAAAAGUGUCUUCAUCUGCUGCCACAAAAGCUACUGCAACAGUUUGUCAACAGAAGAGAGUCCCCUCCAAGAAAAUGAUUUUGUCUAA